ACUGGAUUGGAGAUCCAAAGGAGAUCUAAUGUUUAUGGUGCACACACUUUCUGGCGCAGGGCCAACGGAAUCGUCAAGCUAUUCUAAAGCCUCUACCCUAGCUGCUAGACCGUCCUCUCGCGUUGGUGAUAUAACUAUAGCAUUGGGUGCACUCAGCUGCAAAAAGGGUACCCAUGCUGAUCAUAGCCCUACCAGUCUGUAUGUGUGUGUGUAUAAUAUAUAAUAUGAUGAAACCAGCACUUGAAAGCUAGUUAUGUAAUAAUCUUGAUGGAAAAGUGAGCCAAUUUUAUGUUUAGACGCAUUAUGUUUAGUUGCAUGAUAUAUCUUAAGAACAAGUUGUUUGUAGUACAUCUUUCACAUAUAUAACUGUUACACAUUUCUCAAUAUAUUAUACAUAUCCAAUUAAGCCAUGGCCAUUAAGGGAGUUAUCAACAGUCUGAACCGACUUAGUUACGUAUGUAUGAAACAAUAUAACAGAAUAAUAGAAGAUGGACCAAGCCUCAUGGAUAAAAUGGAUUCGGGGGGAACUGUUAAUUAAAUAUAGCUCUUUGGUAACAAAAAUACUGAUCAUAACAGUUUAUGUUCCGUUAAUAGGUUUUUAAGAUGUAUACAUAAGCAAUGUUAAUCCCAUUCCAUCAUCUCAAUCAAAUAUUGAAUUGAGAGGAAAAGAAAGUUGCAUUUUGAAAUGAGUACUAUACUUUUUCAAACCGUAACAGUAUUAGUCUCGAUUAUAUCGAGUUCUGUAGUUCAAGCAGGAAAUAUUCCAGCGGUUAUAGCAUUUGGAGAUUCAAUACUCGAUACCGGCAACAACAAUGACCUUAGCACUUUAACUAAAGUCAAUUUCUAUCCGUAUGGAAGAGAUUUUGUAACUCGACAAGCCACUGGAAGAUUUGGCAAUGGAAGAAUUCCUACAGAUAUGAUCGCCGAAGGUUUGGGAGUAAAGAACAUUGUACCAGCUUAUCGUAGUUCAGAUCUUCAACCCAAUGAUAUCUUAACCGGUGUUAGUUUUGCUUCUGGUGGUUCUGGUUUAGAUCCAAUGACCGCACAAGUUCAGGGAGUUAUAUGGAUACCAGACCAAUUGAACGAUUUCAAAGCUUACAUAGCAAAGCUAAACAGCAUCACUGGAGAUGAAGAGAAGACGAGAUCAAUCAUCUCUAAUGCAGUUUAUGUGAUUUCCGCUGGAAAUAACGAUCUUGGCAUCACAUUUGUUUCCAAUCCAGCAAGAAACACUCGAUAUACUGUCUUCUCCUACACCAACAUGAUGAUUUCAUGGACUCAAUCAUUCAUGCAGGAGUUAUAUAAUUUGGGAGCAAGAAAAUUUGCGAUUAUGGGAACGUUGCCUUUGGGUUGCUUACCAGGAGCAAGCAACGCUAUUGGAGGGAUAUGUCUAGAACCCGCAAACGCAGUCGCUAGACUCUUUAACCAGAAGCUAGCAAACGAAGUCAACAAUCUGAACUCAGUGCUCCCAGGCUCUCGUUCCAUCUACAUCGACAUGUAUAAUCCUCUUCUUGAACUCGUCAUCAACCCACUAAGAUCAGGAUUUACGUGGUCAACUUGGCCUUGCUGUUGUUCUCCUGCGGCUCCGGUACCGUGCUUGGAUACAUCUCGACAUGUGUUUUGGGACAUUGCUCACCCAACGGAGAAAGCUUAUCAAACUAUUAUCCCUCCGAUUAUUCAACAAAUCCAACAAAGCUUCGCUUGAUGUGGGUGUCUUCGUCUCAGCAAUUAAUCUAUUUUACGUGCUUGUACCGUAUUUGUUCUUCUUAUGACUGUUAAUGUUGCGUAUCUUAUCUAUGAAUAUAUCUAACUGUUUACAUUUUUAAAAAAAGUCAAUACUGUAUUGAUCCUAGCUAUUCAGAAAUUCCCUGGAUAGACACCGAAAAAAAAUCCAUCCUCUUCUACUAUAUGGAUGAUAUAUAUAUUUUUGUCAGCCAUGGGUGAAAUAUUAUGAUUGUUUGUGUGAACAUAUUAACAAGAGCAAACAACUUGCACCUCUCUUAUACUUCAUUGGCCUUCUUUUGCCAAGUAUCCUGCUCUUUUAUAAGCUUUCUGUUAACCUGAAACCCAAUGUUAAUAGCUUUGUAGCGUAGAUAGUACGCACAAUGAAACAUGUCACGCAUGGAACAAUGAUCAAAAGAUAACAAGGCAGAGAGUCUCUUACUUUUACUUAAGAUAAGGUCGUUAUUAUGGUUUUUUUCUUGUAGUUAAUGGGAUUCAAAAAUAAUUUCUUUGUGCCAUUAAAUACUCUCUUCGAUUUUUGGGGACUUUUAAAAGGUUAAGACAAAAAAAAAAAAAGGCGAGAGUUUCUUAAAACAUUACACCGAGCUUUUAUAAAAUUUAGUCAUCUUAUUAUUUUUGUCGGAAAUAUGAUAUGUAGUCGUGAAGUCCACAUGUUAAUUUGUUCUCAUUUUGACCUAGUUCGAAGACUAUUAAAAAGGCUAGCACCAAACUACCCGCCACAUUGCAAGUUUGUGAGCAGCACAAAGUUUGUGAAGACAUUUCUACUUGUUUUGUGGAGUUCAAAUAAAAAUUUAUAGAGUUAUCCAAUUAUCUUAAAAAGUUUAUAGGAAAAAAAAUAAAAAUCAAAGUCUAUAUCAACACAAAGAAGAAGAUUUAUCAAAAUAUUAAGGAUUCAGUGGCGUGGUUGCCUCCGAAGAUCAAGAGAGGGUGAUCAGGUCCACUGACAUCCUGGUUUAUAAGUUGGUCAAUAUUUAAAUUUAAUGUGAUGCUCAUGUUUCUUUCUUUUUCUUGUUAAACUUUAAGGUCAAACAAAAAAACUUGGGAAAAUAUAGAAAUACACAUAUGCAUCAUGUCCAAUAAAGAAUCUCGAAAGCCGGUACACUUUUUAUGGACUUUUGUCAAAGCACAUACAUUUUGUGGAUAUCUACCGACUACCGUUUAUUAUAAGUACAGUGCUGAUUCAUGAUACUUUGCAAAAUACAAAUCUACUCAAAAGUCCAAACUCUAAGGAUAAGAUCGGAGUAUAACAUGCACAUCAGUCUCCAGUGCUUCUUAUAAGGCUUUAAAUGGUGAUUCUCGUCCCGUCCCGCCCUACAGUUAACAGUAACAAAAAUCUUUACCUAUACUAUAUAUCUAAACAUUUUUAUAAUUGUUAGAACCGCACUGCAGUUGAACCGCUUGUCCCACACCGUUCGAACCGCAAUCACUAUUCGGAGCCUAAGUUCAAGUGGAGUAUAAACAGUUUAGAAUAUAAACUGUUAUAUAUUUAAAAUUCAAAAUAAUUAAAUAUUGGAAGAAUCUUGCAUGAAAUCAUCAAAUCCAUUAGUUUAUGUUACACUUUUCACUUUUAUCUUUCGUGUAAACUUAUCCACAAGUUUUGGAUUUUGUUGUUUAGUCUUCUUAAAGAGCCAUUUGUGAAUACUCAAAGCCGCAUCAUGAUUAAUUUAUCGAAUAUACAUACAAACAUUAUGUACUCAACUAUGUAAAUAUUAUUCAACUAAAAAGUGCAUAUAAACUAUGUAUACAACCCCUUGGUUAAGCUUCAAAACAUCAAGUUGUAAUGUGGUUAGAAUGGUUAUGGCCUUAUGAGAUGUCUACAUUACUAGUUAGCAUGGAUAUCUAUAUUUUUGAAAACAUGUAUAGUUUUGGAUCCGAGUUCGUUUAGUAAUGGGUUAAUUUGCUAUUUAAACGUUGAUAAAAAAGAGAGUCCUAUUUAAACUUGAUUGGAUUAGAUUUGACUGCCAUAUGCGGCGAGCUUUCUUUGCUUCUCCGAUUUAAAUUAACAUUUCUUUAAACUCAUUUGAUAAUUUUAUAAACAAUGGCCAAAAACGUAUGAAUCAGAUAACUACAAGUGGCCAAACAAGAGGGCUUGAGAGUGGAUGAGGAUAAGCAGCCACGUAGAGGAGGAGGUGGCUCUUGGGAAGAGUCAAGGGUCGGUUUAAUUCCAAUAACCGGCCUUUUUCAAGUUUAAAAUAAUAGUAUUUCAACUCUUUUUCUCUUCAUACUCUGGGACCGGAUUUAUCACUUUUUCCACGUAGGAUCAAUAAAAACAUAAACAUUCGUGACCUCAUGGGGACAACAUCCUACAUGGUACCCAAAAUAAUAUUGUUUUGGUGUCAUCGAUGCCAAAAGCUAUACUAUUAAAGGUCACUUUUAGUGGAAAUGUAAAAGUAACAAUGGAAUAUAAUAGAGUUGGUGUGUCGAAGGUCCAGUUUCAGCACAUAAAAUAUUGCUGAUGAUCUCUUGGUUAGAUCCUGUUGGUAUUGCUAAAACAAAAGAGUUUCUUA